CCCACCCCCACCCCCCACCCCCCUUUCUUCUUCAAACAGGUAACCCUGGUGACGCCCUACGCACCGAAGUCGACGACUCCUAACCUGCGGGAGGUGGUCCUUAGGGACGCCGACCUACACAAGUACUUCCCCAACGCCUUCGCCGGGAACCUCAUGGCCGCCCCUCUCACGGUCAUCAGGGAGUCCUUCGACGUCUGCCUCAGGACCCUAGGAUCUCCCGAAGUCCAGGGCCUCCUGGAGGAAGAGUUCGAGGUGGUGCUUCUGUCUUCCUUCUUCUCGGACUGUUACUUGGCGGUGGUUCAUCAGCUGAAGGUUCCAUUCAUCUACGUGUCGCCUCUGGGACUCGUCGGCCCCCAGGCUGACUUAGCAGGGAACCCGACUUUUCCAUCCUUCUGCGUAGCUCCUGUGUUUACCUUCGAACACCCUCUCACGUUUACACAGAGAUUGGUUAGCGCUGUCGGCGAAGUGGCAGCGUCGGCCAUUUUCAGAUACGGGAUUGGAUAUGUAAGUGACUGGAAAUGCAGAAAGAGUGGUCUCUGCCCGGAUGACAUGCCAGCUGUCAACGAGAUGCGCCUUAAUUCUAGCUUAGUUAUCCUAAAUAGUGUAAAAAACCUGGAGACGCCCGUCCGGCCUUACGUACCCGGAGUCAUACACGCGGGCGGGAUUCAUUGUAGGGAGGCUAGACCUUUGCCUGAGGUAAGGUACCGCAGAGUGUUAGUAAACGUCUUCGGUUCCCUUCGUCAGCGCGUAUUGUGGAAAUGGGACGUUGAUAGCAUGGUUGAUCUGCCGCCCAACGUCAGGCUGGGAAAGUGGUUGCCGCAACAAGACAUUCUUAGUCACCCCAAGUUACGUCUCUUCAUCACUCACGGCGGUCUGCUAAGUACCCUCGAAUCGACAUACCACGGUACGCCUGUCCUUGGGAUACCUGUGUUCGGGGACCAAGUUGGUAACAUGAUGGAGGUGCAGAGACAGGGAUGGGGGAGGACCCUGCGUUGGGGGGAGUUUGACGAAGAGCUUUUGAGGGAGACCAUCUACAGCAUCAUGGAUAACCCAAAGUACCAGUUAUACAACGUUGAUGUAUGGGCAACGGUAACAGUGUUAUUCUGUGUACUAAUAUACGCUAUCGUCCGGACCUUUUGCUUCUGUAUACGAAGAAUAAGAAAAUUGAAGAGAGAUUGAUAAA